CUCCUAGCCCUUUCUUUCCGACUCAGUCCUGGCGCAUGGCUCCAGGCCCAGGCCUCCCUGCCUCUCUGGCUCUGUGCGGACUCCGAGCCCGGGCAGCGCCCGACCACAGGGUCUCCGAGUGCGCGGUGCCGGGCACCCUGCUCCUGCUGCUCGCCUACCUGGUUUACCUGGCGCUGGGCACCGGCGUGUUCUGGGUGCUGGAGAGCGCCGCGGCGCGCGAUUCCAGCGCGAGGUUCCAGCGCGACAAGUGGACGCUGCUGCAGAACUUCACGUGCCUGGACGGCCCGGCGCUGGACUCUCUGAUCCGGGGCAUCAUCCAAGCAUACCAAAGUGGGGACAUUGUCCUUGACAACACCACCAGCAUGGGACGCUGGGAGUUCAUGGGCUCCUUCUUCUUUUCCGUGUCGACCAUCACCACCAUUGGCUACGGCAACCUGAGCCCCCGAACGAUGGCCGCCCGCCUCUUCUGCAUCUUCUUUGCUCUUGUGGGGAUCCCGCUCAACCUCGUGGUGCUCAACCGACUGGGGCAUCUCAUGCAGCGGGGGAUGCACCAUUGUGCCCGCAGGCUGGGGGGUGCCUGGCAGGACCCGACCAAAGCUCGGUGGCUGGCGGGUGCCGGUGCCCUCCUCUCGGGCCUCCUGCUUUUCCUGCUGCUUCCCCCCCUGCUCUUCUGCCACAUGGAGGGCUGGAGCUACGUGGAGAGCUUCUACUUCGCCUUCAUCACCCUCAGCACCGUGGGCUUCGGCGACUACGUGAUUGGGAUGGACCCCUCCCGGAGGUACCCGCUGUGGUACAAGAAUACAGUGUCCCUGUGGAUCCUCUUUGGGAUGGCGUGGCUGGCCCUGAUCAUCAAACUCAUCCUCUCCCUGCUGGAGAUGCCAGGGAGCUCGUAUUCCUGCUACCACCACAGCUCCAAAGAGAUCUUCAAGUCCCAAAGCUGGAGGCAGAGCCCAGAUGGGGAGGCAGAACCCCGUUCACCGCAGCCAGGCUGCCAUCUGGAGGAGCCUAUGGGAAUCAUGCAGCAUCCAGAACCCUCUACUCAGGUCUCAUGCUGUGGAAGGGACAAUUAGUUCUACUCCAGUAUGUGUUCCAUCUUCUUCCUCAGCAACAAGACCCCUAGUUUUAAGCUUAGCCCAUGACCACUCAGACUAAAGAUUACGUUUUUUAUUAAUCUCCUCUUGAGGCUAUUUGAAGUUAUAUGAUUAAAUUCUGCCCAAUAGAAUCCACAGAGAAGUAUCCUGUGUGACUUAUGAAUGGGACUUUUCCUGGCGGGGCGGGGGAGGGGAGC